AGCGUCUGUCGUCAUGUAACUGUACUGUGCUGUGCUGCUGUCCUUGUAAAGAUGCCCAGAGCAUAUGCUGCCUACUGAAGUCUGCAGCUCCUAACUGAUACAAAAUCAGUCAAGAACCAAUACGUGACAUGGCGUCUCGCUUCCUCAAGUACUCAGUGCUUCUUCAGAAGUACCGGACUCCACUGCUCAUUGCGAGUUGUGGCGGGGUCUUUGCAGCCAACAUGUUCUAUCAUGUUUUCCCAGACAUGUCCUACCGUCAGCUGUACCAGGCCUGGUACAAAGGAGAGCCGGUCAUACUGUCUGAAAAGCUUGAGGAUGUCUUCCAGCAGGUGUUGAAGGAUUGUGGUAUCAGCUCAACCAAGAAUUUCUCAGCCUUCGCCUCCUUCGGGUUCCAUCCGGUUGGUGCUGGUGUCCCUUGGCUCCCUGCUGGGGCCCAAAUUGGCAUUCCAGCAAACUUUAACAGCACGGCUGAUGACCCGAGUGGAAUCACCAACCGCAGCAUUUUCAUCAACGGCAAAACGGUGGACUGGAGCAGUGACAGUGGCUCUGCGCUAAAGGAGGCACUGAUGUUUUCCCUUGAGGCAAAGAAAUUUGCCUUAGCGCGAGAGGUGGCCCGUUUGCAUUCUGCAGGACCUGUUCUGAAUGCUGCUGUGGCACCGUUAUGCCUGGGUGGAGUUUGGGUGUACAGUGUGGUGCUGAAGCAGGUGUUUGGGCUCCAUGCUGGGCCUGCGAUUCUUCGUGGAGCUGUGAAUGUUCUGGCACUGGGCCUUGGCGCCAUGUCUUACUUCCUCACUUCGGAUGCUGUCAACCAGUGGAUUGACUAUAGCUCAGACAGACGAGCGGCUGGAGUGUCACGCGAUUAUGCCAAAGGAGGGGUAGAGUUUUAUGAUAAAAUUCUGUCCAGAAACAAGACUCUGCGCUCUCUGAUGGGCCAGAAAGGAGAGGAGAUGUAUGCUCCCAGUGGGAAUUUAUUUCCCGCUCACCUCCUUCAGCUGAAACACACACCGUACACAUCCAGGAGGGACGGCAUCAUUGCUCUGCUGAAAAAAGAGAAAGUUUGAACGGAAAAGGGAGGAGGGCUGUCGUUUUGAGAAUUAAAAUCAGUGCCACUGGGUCUCACAUGAACAACUGUAAUGAUCUACUGUGGUGUGUUUGACUCUGAAUAGACCGCAGUGCUAUGAAGUGUUUUUUUUUAGCAGUAAGAAAAACCUGGACAAAAGAAUUCUUAAUAUUUUUUUUCAAAGAAAUAUGUCACGACACAUGUCCUGAAUGUUAUUUAGUGUAACAUUUUAUGAAUCCUGAAGUGCAGAACAUCACCUGGGGUGUCAAUUCUAUUUAUUGGCUAGUGUGACUGGUGACCUAUUUAUUCAACAAAUUAAUUCUGGACCCAGUGCACAAAUAAAGAACUGUAUUUUGAAAUUAUAUAAUCAUGUCUUCUUAAAUUCUGUGAGUGCAAUUUUUCAUAUCUCAAAAUCUGAAACCCUUUAUUCUCUGUAAUCAGUUGAUAAUUUCUGAAAUAAGAAAGUUAGAUCAUGAUCAUGCAACACUGGAGGCAUCCUAUUACACAUCUUUAGCCUAGGCCCACAUUUCCAACAGACCCAUUUGACUAAAGGAUUUGUCCUUCAUUUUGAAGGGUUAGUGGAGUUGGAGUAUCUGGAACAUUCUCGUACAGUAUCCUUGGGUGUGUUAACGCUCAAUGAAAGGGAGAUAAAUAUUAUGGAUUGUUAUGAAAUUGACUAGCACUUUAAAAUGUUGUAUGCUUUGUGUUUUGGUGGAAACGUGAAGCCAUAUCAAAGCAAUGAAUCUUCCCACAAUACAGUUGUAUGUAAUGUUCAUAUGUCUGAAAAAGCCAUAAUAUGAAACAGAUUAAUGCAGUGUUUCCCCAGUACACUUGUAUAAAUGCUCCAUCUUUCUGUCUUUCCCUGUGCUCUUUUUACCUGUAGUCACCUGUUUGUCCUUCUAUAAAUAACAUCUAAUUGAUCAUUUAACACAA